UUCGCCCGGCUGUGGGCAAUGAACAGCGGGAGUGGCAAAAACGGCGCUGGCACAUUUGCUUCUCUUUCAUGGUUACUGCAAGAAAACACAGUUCUCAUCAGCUGGAUCUCUUUACAAAGAGAAUAUUCUUUUGCAUUCUUUCUAUCUCACCAGUUUCCACCCUGCAGCUUGAAAAUUUAAACGAUUUUUUCUUUUGAAAAGGGUACCAGUUCUCGUCUCUCCUUCCUGGGUUCAUCUUUCAUCAUGCUGGUCUGUGUUUAACCCGGAAAUGUAUGAAGAACAUGGAUAACUAUUGCUGAAUCUUUUUUGACUAACUUAGAUUUCAUAGAUUGGCGCCUUAAAUCAUUCAAUGAGUGUUGGCCAUCACCCUUCUACGAAAUUUUGACUUGGCACCAAAAGAAGGAAAGUUGAUGUCCAAUGGAAGAAUUCCAAGGUCUGCAUGCACCAGCUGGUGUUCCUGAACCUGCUUCUUCUCAUGGCAAUGUAAGGCUUAAUUUAGAUGGGUAUGGUAAUCGUGGGUCUGGCUUUCCAGGCCUAAAGAAGAGAGGUCAUGGUCAUGGAAAUCGUUCAUGGAUAAAGAUUGAUCAGGAUGGGAACUCAAAGAUUUUGGAGCUUGACAAGGCCACCAUAAUGAGACAUUGUUCUCUGCCUUCCAGGGAUCUGCGCCUUUUGGACCCUCUUUUUAUUUAUCCCUCUACAAUCUUAGGUCGGGAGAAGGCUAUUGUGGUCAGUCUUGAACAGAUUAGAUGUAUAAUCACAGCGGAUGAGGUUAUCCUGAUGAAUUCCCUGGAUGGAUGUGUUGUCCAGUACAUGUCAGAAUUCUGCAAACGUCUUCAGACAAAUCGAGAACAAGCAGAGGACUUGCCAUUUGAAUUCAGAGCUCUGGAAUUGGCUUUGGAUCUAACUUGCAUUUCUCUUGAUGCUCAGGUAAAAGAACUGGAAUUGGAGGUAUAUCCGGUAUUGGAUGAACUAGCAACAUCUAUUAAUACUCAUAAUCUGGAACGUGUCCGUAGACUCAAGGGCCACCUCCUUGCAUUGACUCAGCGAGUUCAGAGGGUCCACGAUGAGAUAGAACAUCUCAUGGAUGAUGAUGGUGACAUGGCUGAGAUGUAUCUGACGGAGAAAAGACAGAGAUCAGAAGCUUAUGCUCUAGGUGAUAUGUAUUUUCAAAAUGAUAUCCCAAGUGAGGGCAGAGUGGUUUCAAAAUCUGCACCUGUUUCGCCAGUAAGGUCAAUUAGUGGAGCCCAGAAAUUGCAGAGGGCAUUUAGCAAUAUAAGUCCAAGUAAACAUGGAAGCUUGAUGAGUUCAUCCAGUAAUGGCGAGAAUAUUGACCAACUUGAAAUGUUACUUGAAGCAUACUUUGCUGCUAUCGACAACACUCUUAGCAAGUUGUUCUCGCUCAAAGAAUACAUAGAUGACACGGAAGAUCUGAUCAACAUUAAACUGGGCAAUGUCCAGAACCAACUGAUUCAAUUCGAGUUGCUUCUUACUGCUGCUACCUUUGUGACUACAAUAUUUGCUGUUGUGACAGGAAUAUUUGGGAUGAACUUUGUAGCCUCAAUUUUUGAUUACCCGUAUGCAUUUAAUUGGGUUCUGAUUAUAACUGGUCUUGCAUGUGUAUUCUUGUAUUUGUGUUUCUUGUUUUAUUUUAGAUACAAGAAGGUCUUUCCAUCAUAAACUUUAGUUUAUAGCAAAAGCUGCUCCAAUGGAGACAAACACUUGAUUUCUUUCAUAGAAACCCAUGAUUCAAUUUGAUUUUCUUCUCA